GCUUUGCUGGGCGUCGGGCGGCUGUGCGCGGAGCAGGCGGCAUGUUUGCGGGCAAGGCCAGUCCUCUCUUCUUGGACUCUUCUGGGAUCUGGUGGCAGGACCCAGCAUCCAUAGCAGCAGGGGAGGCGUCCUGGGACGUGCCGGAGGUGGCAGCUCUGCAGAAGGCUGCGGAUGAUGGCUCAGACCACAGCCAACCGGAGGAGGACAGCUUGGAGGAGCUGGGUGUGCAGGACCCUGAGCUGGAGGCCAUCAAAGCCAGAGUGCGGGAGAUGGAGGAGGAGGAUAAGAGGCUGAAGGAGCUGCAGCUGGAGGCUGAGAGCUGCCUCCUCAUGGGCUCAGAGGCAGGUCUGUUCCAGAGGACGACCGAGGGGAAGGUGGAGGCUGACCAACGGUCCAUCUAUGUGGGCAAUGUGGACUACGGGGGCACGGCAGAGGAGCUGGAAUCUCACUUCAACAGCUGUGGCCGGAUCAACCGUGUGACCAUCCUCUGCGACAAGUUCUCAGGGCAUCCCAAAGGGUAUGCAUACAUCGAGUUUGAGCAGAAGAGCUCUGUGAAGGCGGCGGUGGAGUUGGAUGAGAGCAUAUUCAGGGGCCGUGUCAUUAAGGUGCUGCCCAAGAGGACCAACAUGCCUGGCAUCAGCAGCACCGACCGUGGCGGCCGCCGGGGCCGCUUCCAAGGCCGGGGAGGGCUGAUCCCACGCUGGGGGUACUAUGGGGGGCAGCCCCUGAGGCUGCGGGGGAGGACAUACAGGGGUCGGGCCAGGCUGCUGCCUUGGUACUUCCCGUAUUAGAAAGGAAGACUGCGCUGCCCUGGAGGUGCCGGUGGGACCGAAGAGAUGGGAUUGGAGAGAUUUAAA